GUCGCCAGCAGGAGUACAACUAACAACACAGUCACAAGUUGGCCGAAAACACACUCUCUACAUUGGCGACUGGAGUUGUCUUUUGGGGUCCAUUUCAGGUACACCAUUUAACGGACAUGCUGUAGCUCACAGUGAGGCUCAUUGGAACCAGCUUGGAUCCAGUGGAGUUUCCUGUUACCCUCCGGGCUCCGCCAUGGACUUCUUCAAUGACCCCAGCCUCUUUGUUGGAGGUUUGGAAGAGCUGGAGGAGGAUGGCUUCUCCUCAGCUCCAUCACUUGUGGAUGAGCUAAAUCUCACUGCUGACUUUGAGCCCCUCCAAGUGGAGCCUCUAGACCCAGUGAAGCACCAGGACAUGAUGCCACCAGUUACUACCCAACAAGCCAUGCCCGCGUACAGUCAGCAGAUGGGUCAUUACAUUGGCAUUAAGGCACCGAAUCCAAUGAGUCAAGCGUUUUCUGGUUCUGGGGCCACAGGUAACGGUGGAGGAGGUGGCGGCGGCAUGAUUGCAGACCCACAUGGCCAGUAUCACAAUGCUGCCAGAAGCCAAGUACCUCAAUCUAAUGGGCUGUUCUGUAUCAGCAGCAGUCCCAUGUGGGGCAACCAAGACCAGAAUGGAAAAAUGUACCACCCAUUAACUCAACAGCAGCAACAGCUUUGUCAUCAGCAGCAACAGCAACAGCAACUGCACAACCAGCAACUCCAUGUCAGACAACAACAAACACAGCAUCAGCAACACCACCCAUGUCAUCAACAACAGGAGCAACAGCAGCACAGAAUGCAGCAGCAACAGCUGCAACAACAGCAAAGUCAUCAGCAACAGCUGCUGAACCAGCACCAACAAAUCAACACCCAUGCAAUGUCCCUACAGCAGCAACAUUUUCCUUUUCACCAAGGAGGUCAAUCACAAAGUCAGCAGCAGGUUCACCAUGCCCAGCAGCAGGCUCAGCACCAAACUGCUGUAGGAGGACCAAGGUUUCAUCCAAGGGCUAAGCCUUACAUGGAGGGUCAAAACGCUUCUCUGAGUGGAACUUGCUUGCAACCUCAGCAGCUGCAGGGAAGCUACCAAUUUACAAGGGGGGGCCUAGGACCAGAAGACCCUAACCUGCCAUUCCCCAUGCAUUCAUCAUCCAGGGUUCAGUCCCUGCCCACUGCUUACCAGGCUGCUCAGUACCCUGCCUACCCUGGAGAGCCAGAAAUACCCAGUCUCAGUCAGCAGUCUUUGUCCACAGACUCAGUGUCUAUGGCCACCACCACCCCCCCUGCCUCCCUCUCUACUACAGUGCCUGAGCUCUCAGGGACAGUAUGUCCAUUCCCAUCAACUGCAGUUAUGAGGACCCCAGUAAGCCUGGGAGAGGAAUGUCCUUUCCGGGCCUUACGGUGCUCUGGAGAAACCCAGGGAAACUGCGGGUCAUCUGAGAUGUUUGGCGAGUCUAUGAUCUGCUACCCUAGCCUGGCCAGCCAGUUGCCCUCUGAGCAGCCUCAGAGCUGCGGGGCCAUCAACACUAAUGGAUAUCAAGCCUUGGGUGACAAUCUCCAACCACCACAGGCUCAGGAUGGAGACUUGGAGGGCCUUGAGCCUCCUGACCUGCUGCCUGACCUACUGCCCCAGCUGGAGGCGGCUCUAAGCCAACAGGAUGAAUCCAACCAUUCCUGGGCCGAUUCCCGCCAGGAGAGGGGACGUAAGCACAAGAAACCACAUGUUGAGUACGAGGAAGAAAAGGUUAGAGCUGGUCCUGUUCGCUAUAUUCCAGUUUCUGUGGGAAAAACCUGGGAGCUCUACCCUUCCAGUGGAGAUUCACUCAACCGACACCUGCAGGUGCAACUCAGAGCUGGUGGGGGUGGGAAUCCUUACUUCAUCAUCUCCUGA